GCUAGUUUACUAUAAAUAUGUAGAUAUAAUUAACUCUGAUUACUUACACAUUUUUAAUACUCUCGUUUAUAUACUUAUACUUGAAUCUAUCCAACUUAUCUUCUUUCCAACUUGCCAUACGAAUUGUAAUAAUAUUGACUUUCGCCCGCGGCUUCACUCGCCUCCCGAGUAAACUUCUUCCCGCACGUAGAUAAAAAGUGGCUAAUAUAUUAUGUUGGUAUAUUACUGCCAUGGUUUGUCAAAAUCCAUCCAGCAGUAUUAGUGUGAAAGAGGAACAAACUACUAUUAGGAAUAAUAUAUUUUUAUGUAAUGUUAUAUACAAGCAGUUACUAAGCAAAAAUUUCUUUCCAACAGGUAACAUAAUGUAAAUAACAGAACAACACAAAAAAAAUGUCUUCACAAAUAAUCCCCCACGCUUACCGACGAGAAUCAACCGACAUCCAGGACAAACCACUUGAAAUUGACACGGAAUCGAACCCGGACCGCAGCCGAUCCAACAGUCCAAAAAACAUGAAAUAUUACAAACAAAUAGACGAAGAAAAAACCAUUUUAAAUCAAGGGAAAAAAUCCUUUUGUAUUGACGCUUUACUUUCAAGACAGUUACCAGAAAGUAGCUUGCAAGAUAAAAUGGCGCACCAAAAAUAUUUGAUCUAUAAUAAAAAUUACAUAGGAAGAUAUCAAGAGAAUUAUGAUUCUCAAAUUGAGCAGAAUAUGAUAAACAAGUGUGAGGGUCGGGAUAGCCCGAGGUCUGGGCAAAGGAGCCCAAGGUCUGGGCAGAGCAGCCGGUCUGCGAGUCCAGGGUCUGAUGAUGGGAACAGGUCCGGGAGCUAUAGUCCCCCUAUUUCUCCAGGUGUGGAGGGGGGUAAUGAGGAGUAUGAGAGUUAUAGACCGGGAAUAAUCCCAAAACCAGGUCUCCUCCCCCAAAACCCGGCGCUCGUGGCAGCCCAGUCAGCUGCACUCUUCAACUACCCUCAACUGUCGCAGCCCGGGGGCCUGCCGCCCGGGGCGCCGAUGCCGUCGGCCUUCCAUCACCCUGGAGACAGGGUGCUGCAUCAUAUGCAGCUCGAGUGGUUGGCCAGGACUGGCAUGUUUUAUCACAGGAUACCUGAGCUUGGAGGAGCUCCCCACGCUCUCCUCGGCAAGACCCGGAGACCACGCACAGCCUUCACGUCGCAGCAACUCCUGGAGUUGGAGAAGCAGUUCCGCAUGAACAAGUACCUCUCCAGGCCGAAGCGGUUUGAGGUGGCCACUAGUUUGAUGCUCACGGAAACUCAGGUAAAAAUCUGGUUCCAAAACCGAAGAAUGAAGUGGAAACGUUCAAAAAAGGCUCAACAAGACUCGAAAAACAAAGAACCACCACAGACUGAGGACAAGAAACCCAAAGAAUUGCAAAACGACCAAGAAAAAGCGCCACUGGCGGGAGAUUUGACAGCUGUCAAACCUAUGUUGGACAGGGACAGAAUUAUCGCGCUAGAAAGAGAACGGGCAAUGGCUGCUGCUAAUUUUAAUUCGAAUUUGGAAAAUAGGCGUGGUUUGGUUGUUAUGAACCAAGAUGGCGCCCGCCCUAUGGAUAUGUUUAGGCCUUACGUGGUAUGAGAGUAAAUUAACUUUUAGGUUUUUUAUUCGUUAGGUUUCUAAGGUAAAUGGACAAUUUGUUUUUGUAUUUAUUUGUUUUAAAUUAUCUCCUAAACCAGUAAGGUUAAGGCGUUGGUACUAGAGGCUAUACUUACUCGAAUUUUUGAAAUGUCACUCUAUUUUGAUUUUUGCUUAUAAACCACAGAGCUACUAACCACAGUUUUGACAGCCACGAAGCUUCCCAUUUUUUGGGUUAUUCCUUAAAACAACAUAGCUGGCCGGGCUGAUUUUUUAAACAAGUUUUGUUGGUUCUCAUCAUCCUCUUCCUGCCCUUAUCCCAAUUUUAUUUGUGGUCGGCGCAGAAUGUUUUCUUCUUCCAUACUCUUCUGUCUGCCGUCAUACCACAAGUAACAUUCUUUCUAGUCAUGUCGACUUUCACACAAUAGAUCCAUCGUUUCUUGGUCCGUCCUUCCACCAUUAUAGUACAAAUAAGAUUUUGUGGCUUCAAACUUCAAGAUAAAAAGAAAGAAUGACUUUUCCCGCUCAAAAUGGAGUGACAUUUAUUUUUUCGGGCUAAAAACAAGAAUGGUAAAAACGUAUACUAUAGUUAAAUAAAACUAAGUUAGAAUACAUUUCCUAGUCAAGAAUAGUGUAUAUUUCUACGUUUAUUGUUAAAUUAAUGAAUAAAUUGUGUAAAUAUAAUUUAGUGCACGUAAAGACAUUUCUAAGAAUUAUUUUUUGGAGUUUAUUUUAUAAUUCAAAAAAAAUAUUUUCAAUUAUAUUGUCAUUGUCAGUUCAAAUAAAAAAAUAUCUUCAAUAAUGUGUCCCACGUUGGGUGGCAGA